GCAGCAGCAGCCGGCCCGGCGGCGGCGGCGGCGGCGGCGGCGGCGCCCGGCCCCGGCCGCGCGGAGAGGACAUGUGCAGGCUCGGCUAGCAGCCGCCGCGCCCGCGCCCGCCCGCGCCCCGCCAUGCGUCCCGCGCCCUCCGCCGGCUCCGGCCUGUGUCUGCACGUCCUGCUGCUGUGCCUCCAGGUCCAGGUGCUGGCCGCCGAGGAGAACGUGGACUUCCGCAUCCACGUGGAGAACCAGACGCGGGCCCGCGACGAUGUGAGCCGGAAGCAGCUGCGCUUGUACCAGCUCUACAGCCGGACCAGUGGGAAACACAUUCAGGUGCAGGGCCGCAGGAUCAGCGCCCGCGGCGAGGACGGGGACAAGUAUGCCCAGCUCAUCGUGGAGACAGACACCUUUGGAAGCCAAGUCCGGAUCAAGGGCAAGGAGACGGAGUUCUACCUGUGCAUGAACCGCAAAGGGAAGCUCGUGGGGAAGCAAGACGGGACCAGCAAGGAGUGUGUGUUCAUCGAGAAGGUUUUGGAGAACAACUACACGGCCCUGAUGUCGGCCAAGUACUCGGGCUGGUACGUGGGCUUCACCAAGAAGGGCCGCGCCCGCAAGGGUCCCCGGACCCGCGAGAACCAGCAGGACGUGCACUUCAUGAAGCGCCACCCCCGGGGCCAGCUGGAGCCGCAGAAGCCCUUCAAGUACACCACGGUGACCAAGCGGACCCGGCGGGUGCGCCCCACGCACCCCGGCUAG